AUGCCUAAGAGCUCAAUGGCGCCCCCAAGAGCGAGCAACUCAAAUUGGUACUUCAUUGUCAGCGUAGAGAACGCUGCUAAAUGGGUUAAUGGUCGGAUUAUAAAUUCAGAUGGAGCUGUUGGAGUCCUAAAACUGCAGGAUAAUUAUAUACAAGAAGGAUAUAUCCACCUCGGCCUGACUUCCACCCGUGGUAGAAGAGUAUAUGAAAUUAAUGGGGUGAGGUGUAAGGAGGAAGCGGACGAGAAGCGGUGGAUGGGCUGGGAUACGGAGGACGCCCUGGGGGGCAGUUCUACCCACUUUGUAUUCCCUCCCAGCCACCUCACCCCUCACCUUUCUUGUUUUCAAUUUUUUUUCCUUUUUCCUUUUCCCUUCUACUCCUCACCUAUCAAAUAUCACCACUUGGAUGUCAGGAUAGUAGAGCACCUCAAAAACGAUAGGAUGCUUCUAGGAACGAAUUGA